UUGUAAAUUGUAAUUGUCUGCUGCUGAUGGAUCAGUCUUGUAUUUACUGGUUGCUGAUGGCUGUAAUUUUUCUUUUCAAAUUUACUGAUGGCUCGAUGGCUCUGUUAGUCUGUUGCUUUCAAUUCUUUGCUCUGUUACUGAUGGCUCGAUGGUUCUGUUAGUUGCUGAUGGCUCUUAAUUUUUUGGUUCAAUUUUAGUGAUGGCUUUGUUUGUAGUUGCUGGUUUUUCUGGGUGAAGGUUUAGUGUUUUGGAAUGUUUUAUAAUGUGCUAAUGUUUGUAAUUGCUGGCUGAAGGUUUAGUGUUUUGUGAUUAUUGGUUAAUGUUUUGGUUUAGUGUUCUCUCUUUUCCAGAUUUCCCUUCUCCCUGUAUUUCUGCAUGUUGCUGAAUUGGUAAUCAAUAAAUUUGCCUUUUUGCUGUAAAUCGGGACUUUACUAGGAUUUGUUAAAUUUGUUGCUGUAACAUGAAUUUGUUGCUUCCCAGUCACAGAAUCAGAACAGAAUGCUCAGUCAGUGCUUGAUUGAUUGGCUUUGCUCACUGAUUGUAUUUGAUGAUAAAUUUUAAAUUGAUAACUUAUAAAUUUUAAAUUUGCACUGCCCAUGUUACUGAUUCACUGUUCUUUCAGUGCUUUUUGUUGUUGUUAAUCAUUGUGAUGAGCUUUGUUAAAAUUUGCACUGCCUAUAUUAUUGAGUGUUCCUUCAGUGCUUUUUGUUGUUGUUAAUCAUUGUGGUGAACUUUAUUAAAAAUUUAAAAUUUUCACUGCCUAUGUUUAACAUUUAAACUCUCAGCUUCUCAGCCCUGUUUGAUUCUUCAUCUCAGGCAAUUGAAUCGAAUCAACCAGGCCUUCCUUUUCUUUUUCUUUUAGUUGAUUCUUAAUUUUUCUAAUAUAUGUAGCUUUCUAAAUCAAGUGGAUCAGAUUAUGUAGUUUUCUUGAUUUGGGAUAUUUUCGGAGACGCAUUAGAAGAGCUAUUUUAUUAUUAUGUUUGCUAUAAUAAUAUUCACAUGUUCUGUAUGCUUGUGAUUGUUUCGGUGUUUACAUUUUCUUUCCAAGUCACUUGCUCUGGUUGUUCUUUGAGUUAAGGCUUUGUAUGUGUGUGUGAGAAUAUGUGAUAAUGUUGAAUGCUGUUGCAUCUAAUAGGAGUUCUUGGAGUACCUUCAUCUUUGGUCCUUUAUAAUUUAUUUAUUAUUUUAUUCUAAAAUGAUUUUUUCGGUUGAACCACCAGUUGGACCAAUAAACCAGUGAACCAGUGACUAAAACAGUUUGAUGACCGGUCCGGUUUUCAGAACCUUGGCUCUCUCCCUCACUCACUGGCUCACAGCCUCACCCUCACACUCGUCGCUCUCUUGUCUCUUCCCUCACCUCGACGGUCGUCACUCUCAGUCUCUCACAACCUCACUUCGUCGCUCUCUCAGUCUCUCACCUCGUCCCCUCACCUUGGUGGUCGUCGCGGUCCCGUGCCCCUGCAUUCGGUUUGUCAGAGGCAGAAGCAGACGGAACCAGUCAAGCAGCAGCUGUUCCCUCGAGUGUUGGUCGUCGUCAUCUUGUGUCGCGCCAGUCGCGAUGUCAGAAUCCGUCAAUCAGUCGCAAUCUGCUCCCCCUCGACGGCAACGCUCUCUUCUCUCAUUGUCCCUUGCUCGUCGCUAGCAGUCUUCUGCUCCGUCGCCGCUGCUCGCGUAGCUUCGUUGCUUCUGUUCGCGUCGCUUCGUUGCCCACUUUGUUGCAUCUUCUUCCACUGCCGCUGCAUACGUCUGCCGUUGCUGGUGUCAACUCUGCAGCUCUGCUUCACCGUCUCUCUGUCUUACUACUGGCCUCUGCUUCGUCGCAUCGUGCCUCUUGCUUAAUUGCAUCUUCUCUGGUUCUUGCGUCUCCUCUGCUUCGCCUUCUCUCACUUCUAUGGUCAAAAGGAAUGUUGGCUGCGGGAGUGGAAGCUCAGAUUGGGUGCGUGGUCCUAACAUGAUGCGAGGGUUAGCUUCACAGUUUGAUUUUGUUUAUGGAGAUGAAGGAACAUCUGUCAAAUUCCAGGUUGCCACUGAGAAUUCUGCAUUGAGUGCCAUUGCUGAAUGGAUGCACGAAAACUUCUAUCCCUUUUGAAAGCCAGUGUGACUUCGAAGUCACUUAAGCAAGGGAAACUCAUCCAUCAGAAGGUUGUGACUUUGGGGUUGCAAAGUGAUGUUUCCUUUUGCAGGAACCUGAUUAGCCUGUAUGUUUCUUGUCAUUUAUAUGAUUUUGCAAAGCAUGCUUUUGAUACCAUUGAAAAUCCAAGUGAGAUUUCUUUGUGGAAUGGCCUAAUGGCUGGUUACUCUAAGAAUUACAUGUAUGUGGAAGCUCUAGAGCUUUUUGAGAAGUUCUUGCAUUACCCUUACCUUAAACCUGAUAGUUAUACUUACCCGAGUGUUCUCAAGGCUUGUGGCGGGUUGAGAAGAGUCAUCUUAGGGAAAAUGAUUCAUACCUGUUUGGUAAAAGCUGGUUUAAUGACAGACAUUGUAGUUGGAAGCUCUCUUGUAGGUAUGUAUGCUAAAUGCAAUGCACUUGAGUAUGCUAUAAAGAUUUUUGAGGAAAUGCCUGAAAAGGAUGUGGCAAGCUGGAAUACAGUGAUUUCUUGUUAUUACCAAAAUGGAAAAUUCGAAGUGGCCCUACGUUAUUUUAGCAUAAUGAGAGGAUCUGGUUUUGAGCCUGAUUCAGUUACAAUCACAACAGCUAUUUCCUCAUGUGCUAGACUUUUGGAUUUGAAGAGGGGAAGGGAAAUUCACAAGGAGUUAAUUAAUAGUGGAUUUCAGCUAGAUAGUUUCAUUAGUUCUGCUCUUGUUGACAUGUAUGGAAAAUGCGGUGACCUAGAAAAUGCCAUAGAGGUUUUUGAGCAAAUGCCCAAAAGGACCGUGGUUGCUUGCAAUUCCCUGAUUGCAGGAUAUGGUUUGAAAGGUGACAUCAUUUCAUGUAUUCAACAUUUUAGGAGGAUGUACAAUGAGGGAAUCAAGCCAACUUUGACUACUUUAAGUAGCAUAGUAAUGGUUUGUUCACGAUCAGCUCGAUUACUAGAGGGGAAAUUCGUGCAUGGAUAUAUAAUACGAAACAACAUACAACCUGAUAUUUUUAUUAAUACCUCCCUAAUAGAUUUAUACUUCAAAUGUGGAAAGGUUGGGUCAGCUGAAGCCAUCUUUAAGUUAAUACCGAAGACAAAUGCCGUUUCUUGGAACGUCAUGAUUUCUGGAUAUAUGACGGCAGGGAAAUUUUUUGAAGCCUAUGAUGUGUUUAGUGACAUGAGACAAGCUCAUGUAGAAGCAGAUGCUAUUACUUUUACUAGUGUUUUAGCUGCUUGUUCACAACUAGCAGCUCUAGAAAAGGGUAAAGAGGUUCACAAAUUGAUUAUUGAGAGAAACUUAGAAGACAAUGAAGUAGUUAUGGGGGCUCUUCUUGAUAUGUAUGCAAAGUGUGGUGCUGUUGAUGAAGCAUUUGGUAUUUUUAGAAUUUUACCGGAGAGAGAUUUGGUGUCUUGGACUUCGAUGAUUACAGCUUAUGGGUCCCAUGGUCGGGCCCAUGAAGCUUUAAAACUCUUUGCUGACAUGCUUCAGUGGAAUGUGAAACCUGACAGAGUUACUUUUCUUGCCAUAUUAUCUGCUUGUAGCCAUGCAGGGUUGGUGGAUGAAGGAUGCUAUUAUUUCAACGAAAUGAUCAAUGUUUAUGGCAUUAUGCCAAGAGUUGAGCAUUAUUCAUGCUUAAUUGAUCUUCUUGGACGUGCUGGAAGAUUAAAUGAAGCCUAUGAGAUUCUGCAAAGAAAUCCUUCAAUCACGGAUGAUGUUGGGUUGUUAAGCACAUUAUUUUCUGCAUGUCGUUUGCACAGAAAUCUUGAUUUGGGGGUUAAAAUUGCAAGAAUGCUAAUUGACAAGAAUCCUGAUGAUCCAUCAACCUAUAUUAUCCUGUCAAAUAUGUAUGCAUCUGUUCAAAACUGGGAUGAAAUGCGGAUGGUGAGAUCAAAAAUGAAAAAGCUUGGACUGAAGAAGAAUCCAGGAUGCAGUUGGACGGAGAUUAACCAAAAGAUUCAACCCUUCUUUUCGGAAGACAAUUCCCAAUGGCAUUUGGAAUCAAUUAAAAAAUGUCUUUUGUAUCUUACUAGUCACAUGGAAGACGAGUCUAUAUCAUUUAUCCAUUUUGAUACUGAAACUCCGAUAUAUUACUAGCCUUCAAAGGAAAAGAGCGUAGGCUUAGCAGAUAGACAUCACAAUGAUCCUUAAACUUAGUUGCAAGUAAAAUUUUUCUGUGAGCAAAAUGUAAGGUAGCUUUUACUAUGCUUGAUUUUAUAUUUAA